AAACAACGUUUAAUAUCAGAAGAAGAUGUUAUCAGAGAUAUGGGAGGCACUAUUUUUGCGGGUUACGACUCAACCGCCCACGUUCUGUCCUGGGCUCUUUAUUUCCUGGGAAGAUUCCACGAAAUACAAGAGAAAGUGUAUCUAGAGUUGCAAGAAAUUUUCAAAAAUGAUAUGAGUAGAGAUAUUACUAUCGAUGACCUGACGAAAAUGAUUUACUUAGAAUGCGUGAUAAAGGAGUCGAUGAGAAUCUAUCCUCCUUUCCCUUUGAUUGCCAGAAAAAAUCCAUCGAAAAUAAAAAUAGGCAAUUACGUGUUGCCUGCAAAUUCGACUUUUGUCAUAAAUAUCUAUGGUAUUCAUCAUAAUCCUGCUGUUUACGAAAAUCCCGAAGUGUUCGAUCCAGACCGUUUUCUGUUUGAAAAUUAUAAAAUGCUUCAUCCUUAUGCAUUUCUGGCAUUUUAA